AUGCAGACAUUAAUCUUGUGGUCACUAUUAGGAUUACUUGUGACCAAAGUAAGUGCCGCUAUUACAACUAUUUCAUUACCAACAACCUUGUCUGGUGAUCAAACAUUUUCCGAUGAUAUCGUAAUUGAAUCAGGUGCUACUCUUGCAUUAGUAUCUGGUUCUUCAUAUUCCUUCAAUGGCAAUAUUGAUGUUAAAGGUUCUUUAGACAUUAUUGGUGAUUCAACAAACGGGUUAACUAGUCUACAAUUUGGUUCUACUACAACAAUUACAAACAGUGGUAACAUCAACAUCGAAAAUAUUAAAUCGGCAGGUUCUGCCAGUGAUUUUGUUAUUGCACCUGCAAGUAUUGAUAACUCUGGUACAUUCACUGUCUCGCAAUUAAAUGCUGCUGCUACUGUGCCAGGUACUAAUUUCACUAUAGCUCCAACAGGUUCCUUCAUUAACACAGGUACUAUUGAUUUUGACACAGCUGAUAAAGGUGGCACCACAAAUGGGUUUUUGUACCUUGGUACUAUGACAAAUAAUGGUAUCAUCAAUUCUGGUGGAUUAUCUGCAUUGCUAGCCGACCAAAGAGCGUAUCAACGUAGUAGAUACGAUAUGAAAGGUAUUGUCUUCAAUAAUCCUAUAGAAGGUGAAGGUGAAGUCACCGGUAAUACUGGGGCUGUAAUUUUUCUUAACACAGAAGUUAUUGGAGAACAAACUUUUAAUGUCCACAAUGGUAUGUAUAUUAUUAAUCCAAAAGUUGUACCAGGUUCCUUUAAAGUUGUGAAUUUUAUCGGAUCAGAAUUCGUUUUUUUAAAUAUAGACUUUAACAAAUGGUAUGCUGAGGAUUUGGGCACCAUACCUUACUACCUUCAGACUAAUUUUGCAGUAGAUGGUCACCGUUACUGGUUUAACUCAAGUUGUACAAAUGAUUAUGCUGAAUAUGCUCAAGGUAAUAUUAUUGUUACACCAUCUGAUCCUCUUUACCAAUUUUAUGGUACUGAUAUAUACAUGAUGGAUAUCAUAGGUUCUCAAUGUCCAUGGUUAUCUGAACCAAUUACAAAGACAACAAUUGUUACUACUAUAGAUUCUAUUACCGAGGCUACCACUCUUUCAACUUUAGUAACCUCUACAAUUAACCAGUACUUCAUUACUGUGUCUGAAAAGAUUUAUCAAGUUGCAGUACCUCCACUAUCUACCACCUACACUACUACUACUGCUGAUAUUUCUGCUCCAACAACAUCUACUUACACUACUACAGUUGUUGAUAGCAAUGGCUCUUUAUCUCCAGAAGUUGUUGUUGUAGUGGUCACCCCAUCUCCAUCUACCACCUACACCACUACCACAGGCCCGGUUUCUGCCCCAACCACAACCACCUACACAACCACUAUUACUGACAGCAAUGGCUCUUCAUCUCCAGAAGUUGUUGUUGUUGUGAUUACUCCAUCUCCAUCUACCACCUACACUACUACUACUGCGGAUAUUUCUACCCCAACUACAACUACUUACACCACUACUAUCACAGACAGUAACGGCUCUCCAUCUCCAGAAGUUGUUGUUGUUGUGAUUACUCCAUCUCCAUCUACCACCUACACUACUACUACUGCAGAUAUUUCUGCUCCAACUACAACCACCUACAUAACCACUAUUACUGACAGCAAUGGCUCUUCAUCUCCAGAAGUUGUUGUUGUAGUGGUCACCCCAUCACCAUCAACCUCCUACACUACUACUACUGCUGAUAUUUCUGCUCCAACAACAUCUACUUACACUACUACAGUUGUUGAUAGCAAUGGCUCUUUAUCUCCAGAAGUUGUUGUUGUAGUGGUCACCCCAUCACCAUCGACCUCCUACACUACUACUACUGCGGAUAUUUCUACCCCAACUACAACUACUUACACCACUACUAUCACAGACAGUAACGGCUCUUCAUCUCCAGAAGUUGUUGUUGUUGUGAUUACUCCAUCUCCAUCUACCACCUACACUACUACUACUGCUGAUAUUUCUGCUCCAACUACAACCACCUACAUAACUACUAUCACAGACAGUAACGGCUCUUCAUCCCCAGAGGUUGUUGUUGUUGUGAUUACUCCAUCUCCAUCUACCACCUACACUACUACUACUGCUGAUAUUUCUGCUCCAACCACAACCACCUACACAACCACUAUUACUGAUAGCAAUGGCUCUUCAUCUCCAGAGGUUGUUGUUGUAGUGAUUACUCCAUCACCAUCGACCUCCUACACUACUACCACCGUUCCAGUUUCUGCUCCAACUACAACCACCUACAUAACCACUAUUACUGACAGCAAUGGCUCUUCCUCUCCAGAGGUUGUUGUUGUUGUGAUCACCCCAUCUCCUAGUGGCCCAACUAUCUACACCACUACUACUGCGGAUGUUUCUGCUCCAACUACAGCCACCUACACAACCACUGUUACUGAUAGCAAUGGCUCUUCAUCUCCAGAGGUUGUUGUGGUGGUGAUUACACCAUCUCCAAGUGGUCCAACUAUCUACACCACUACUACUGCAGAUAUUUCUUCUCCAAUCACAACUACUUACACAACCACUGUUACUGACAGCAACGGUUCUUCAUCUCCAGAGGUUGUUGUUGUUGUGGUCACCCCAUCCCCAUCUACCACCUACACUACUACCACCAUUCCAGUUUCUGCCCCAACCACAACCACCUACACAACCACUGUUACUGAUAGCAAUGGCUCUUCCUCUCCAGAGGUUGUUGUUGUUGUGAUCACCCCAUCUCCUAGUGGCCCAACUAUCUACACCACUACUACUGCGGAUGUUUCUGCUCCAACUACAGCCACCUACACAACCACUGUUACUGAUAGCAAUGGCUCUUCCUCUCCAGAGGUUGUUGUUGUUGUGAUCACCCCAUCUCCUAGUGGCCCAACUAUCUACACCACUACUACUGCGGAUGUUUCUGCUCCAACUACAGCCACCUACACAACCACUGUUACUGAUAGCAAUGGCUCUUCCUCUCCAGAGGUUGUUGUUGUUGUAAUCACCCCAUCUCCAAGUGGCCCAACUAUCUACACCACUACUACUGCGAAUGUCUCUGCCUUGACCACAUCUACCUUCACCACCACUAUUACUAACAGCAAUGGCUCUUCCUCUCCAGAGGUUGUUGUUGUUGUGAUCACUCCAGCUCCAUCUACCUUAUCCACUACUACCACUGGUGCAGUCACUGUCCCAAUCACAUCUACCUACACAACUGUAGUCACUGACAGUAAUGGCUCUUCCUCUACUGAAGUUGUUGUUGUUAUAAUCACACCAUCUCCAUUUAGUAGCUUUAUGACAUCACCAAUUUCUGUACCAUCUCCUCUCUAUGGAAACUCCACUAUAUCUGGUGAAAAGAUUGAAUCUACUUUGAGUGGCACUCUAGUUGUUCUGACUACGGUUGUUAAUGGAGUUACUAUGACUACAACUUAUUGUCCAGAACCAUCUGCAACUUCUGAAACAAGUAUGACUGCUAUCAUUGGACAUAGUUCUAUUGAAUCUGUUUAUUCAAAGAACCAACAAGAAGAGACCAACUCACUUUCUGCUGCUUCCAACGCAACUCCAGUUAUUUCUGUUACUUCUACUACCCCUGGUCCAGCAUUUACCAAUGGUAAAAAUCACCCAACAUCUAGAAACUCUAGAACAUCUACCACUGUAAUCGGUAAUAAUGAGUCUAGAAGAUCAGAAACAUCGAUGCCUUCAAUGGUGCCACAAGUUUCCCAAUAUAUUCCUGAACAGCCAUCCUCAUCAUCAAUUGCUAUCACAGUACCUCAUGAAGGUGUACCUUCUCUUGUAUCAUAUGAAGGUAAAGGUAGCACCAUGUAUAUGAUGAAGUGGAGUGUUGCCCAUUGCAUUGGUUUAUUAUUAUUCAUGGUAAUUUAA